CUUAGGAGAGAGAGACAGAGGGAGGGAGAGGCAGGGGGAUGGAAGGAAAGGUUGGGAGAGGGAAGCUGGGAGAGAGAGGCAGGGAGAGGUGGAGGGAGAGUGGAGGGAGAGUGGCGGGCAGACGGCGCACUCUCCUCAGUCCUGUGGUGGAUCUCGUGCAGUGAGGACGUGUACCUGGGAGAGUUCGGGAGAGCUUUGUAUUCGCACCCCCACCCCCCCCUGCCCCCGCCCCGCCACGCCCCGAGGACUACCACCACUAGCAACACACCAGCGAGCCCUCCAAACCUGCAAGGGCCACUCCACACCUGCGCCAUGUCCCUCGUCACAGUCUUGGGGAGCAUGGGUACAGGUGGACGCGUUCCGGGGAAGGCUAAUGUGUACGGAUUUGGUGGGUUGCCGCCGUCCCUGAAGGAAAAGAAACUGAAGGAAGCUAAACUCCAAAACGCCCUUUCCAAGCCUCCCACCUCCUCCUCCUCUAGCUCCUCCUCCAGCUCCUCCACCUCCUCCUCCACCACACAAGCUAAACACACGUACACCUCCUCCUCGUCCUCCUCCUCCUCCACAUCAGCGUCAGUCAAGCAUACUACCUCCACAGCGUCCUCUUCCACCUCCUCCACCUCCUCCACUACCUGCUGCACCUACUCUACCUGCGGCCCGGCAUCCUCUACCACCACAGUUGCGCCUACCUCCACCUACUGCUUCGCCUUCUGUUCCUCCACCUCGCCCGCCACUUUCACCACGGCCACCACCACCACCACUGAAACUAAGAGAGGAUCAGUGUGCGAAUGAGACAGCGUUAGUGAGAAAACGUGCUGCUGGUGAAUGUUCCACCGUGCCUGGCCACUUGAAGGGACUGAGGCGAGGAGGGAAGCCCGCCUGUUAUAUACCCUCGGGCACGCAGGAAGCCCCGCCCCCACCCAGGCACCAUACGCACAAAUCAGCCAAUCCGGUGCAGGGUGGCGGGUAGGCGACCAAUCACAACUCAUCCCUCGGACCUCCCUCAGUCCCUGCUUGGCCAAGAAAUCAAAACAAGGUGGAAAAAAAGUGGACGGUUUUGUGGUUCUUUUCCGAGACUUAUUUCGUGAGUGGAAAAUUUUUUUGAUUCUUUUUUUUUGUUUAGUGUUUGUUUUGGAAAAGUGAUAAGUUUGGAGUUUUUGAGUAGAGAAAUUAUUUAAACGAGGAAAAUUAAUAGAAAAGAGAAGUGAGACGUUAAAAGAUCAAAAGUGAGAGAGAAGAUAAUAAUAUUAUAGUGAAAUGAUAGAAAAUAAAACAAAACAAAAAACAAAAGAAAGUCAGAAAUGUUGAAAAAAAAGAAAAAAGAAAAAAAGAAAAGCCAACAAGUCAAAUAAAAAAAAAAAAAAAAGAAUUAAUCCCGCCUAACUGCCCGUCCUUAAAUUUCAAAAAACAAAACAAAACAAACAAACGAACAAACAUGAAAAAAGAAGAAAAACAAAAACCAAAAAAAAAGUGAAGAAAAAAAACUGAGAGAAAACAACAACAUGAAAACAAAAAACAAAAACAAACAUUACCUCAAAGAAAAGAAAAAUAGAAAACGAGGAAAAUAAAAAAAGAAAACGGAAAACAUUACACUCAUCGUUUCCAAGUUCCAUCCUAUUCUAAAAAUAAAAAAAUCUAAAAAAAAAAAAAAAAGUAUCGCAUGUACGUAGUUCUAACAUUCGUACACACGUAGACAGACACGCGCAGAUCACGUACGUACAUAUUCACGUACACACAGUCACUUUCUCAUGUCUCAGAAAGCUUUGUAAAUUUGCUUGUUUGUUAGCCAGCACGAAAGAGGCACAGGAGACGAAAGAAGAAAAAGAAGAAGAGGAAGAAGAAGAAAAGAAUAAGAAGAAGGAGAAGGAAAGUGAAGGAAAAGAAAGAGGGAAAAAAAAGGAAAAGGAAAACCAGCACGUACGAUUUUCUCACAAACUAAUUUAAUCAAAACAGAAACUAAAAUAAAUAAAAAAAAGAAACUAUGCCAUAAAAAUGUAAAAAAAUAUAUAUAUACAUAAAAAAAGCUGACCUUGAAAUUCCCUGACACUUUUCUCCCUCUGUUUAUUUCCCUUCUCUAAAUUUUCCUCUCCUUCUCUCCUUACGCCAAAGUGAGAGAAAGGAAGAAGAAAAAAAAAAAAGAAUGAUAAAAAAAUGCAAAGGGAAAGAAAACAAGAGGGAGGAAAGUGAUGAAAAGGAAUAAAAAGUCCCAAAGUCCGUUUUCUAUGCCAUUGCUCAAGGGAGACUGCUUCAAAAUACUAAGAAAAGUGACGAUGUUCUGUAAAACUGUGCCUCCUGUUAGCUACAUAUAUAUUUUUUGUCCCUCUCUCUCUCUCUCACUCUCACUCUCACUUAUAAGGUACUAGCAAGUCACUUUUCGCUCACCUCUUGGGUUGCUGUGGCAAGUGGUGUUAAUAUCUACCGCUGAGAUGCUUUAGUCGGGUUUUACUUAAUAGAUACUUAUAUAUAUACGUACUUACAUACAUACAUACAUACCUAGUUUUUACAAUAGUGGGACCAGUUUGUACAGACUUAGAGAAAAUGGGAACUGAAAGAAAACGGGGUUGCGUGCCUGUGUUUGUGGUUUUCCGUGCGCUUGUGUGCUUUUGUGUGUGUGUGUGUGUAUGUGUGUGUGCCUGGGUGGGUAGGUGUGGUGGUAAGAUGCAUCACACGUAUUUUGGAGUUUGAAAUGAUAUCAAAAUUAAUACUAACACGUUCAUUGUCGUAUUAUGUGUUCAUCUUCCUCCAUUGGUGCAUUUGGUGGUGUUUGUCUAUGUGUCUUGGUUCACAAUACUUCACUGUUUCUUUCUAAUACGAUUUUUUCUUUUUUUAUUCUGCUUUUAAUUGUUAUUUUUGUGGUGAAUUUUUGCGAUAGAAAGUGUUCAAAUCUUAGCGUUCCUGGUCUUAAUGUUACGUCUGUUUUGCCUGUUUUGGUGUUCGUCUGUGUGUUUUGGUUUACGAUACUUUACAAUUUCUUUCUAAUUCGAUUCUUUUUUUUUUCUUUUAAUUGUUAUUUUAUUUAUUUAUUUUUUUUUGUGGCGAAUUUUGCGACAGAAAGUGUUCAAGUUUUAGCGUUCCUGAUCUUAAUGUUACGUCUGUUUUGUGCGUGAAAUCAUGAGUUUCUUUGGUAUUAAGUUUUUAUUACUAAUUUUUCGUGCCAAAUUUUGCGAUCGAAGGGGUGUCAAAUUAAAGCAUUCAUUCUCCACAAUUCAGCGUCUGUUUUAUGAAUGUAAUCACAGUAGUUGUUUUGGGGAUUAGGUGUUAUCGAUAUUUUCCUUAAAAACAGGAAAAAAGAAAAAAAGAUAAACACGAAUACGACAUGUUAAGGACGUGUUCAGUUCGUUUUAACUUACAGUAUUUUUUUUUUUGCAUAAUUGAUAUAUUUUAGAAUUUUCAAAGUGAUAAAUAAAGCUACAUCAUUUUUACAGUAGUAGAUUAUAGAUUUUUUAAAACGUAGAUAAUAUUACCCAUGAAAUUCUAUAUUUUAACAUUUCUAGUGACGAGGAAAUGACAAUCAAAGGAAUCUCGUUUCAUAUAUUUUUGAAAGACGAAAAAUAACAAAAAAAAAAUUACGAUUAUCAACAAUGAACGAGAAAAAAAAAAUACACUGAAAAAAAAAAAAAAAACUCAACUUUGCGUGUGAAUGUGUGCGUGUGUGCAUGCAUGCGCGUGUGUGCUACUUUAGUGUUACUUUUCCGUUCAUUUUUAGUGUUGCGAUCCUUGAGCCUAACGAGUAACGAUGUAACGGUACUGUAAAUAGCACUAAUUAACCUGUCCCUCACACCUUUACCUGUAAGAACCCCUCCCCACCAGUCACCACGCUUAAUACACCUUCUUAUAAACUAUCUUAAUACAUAACUGAUACUAACCACGAAGCUAAAGAAUAUAUACAUACACACCUGUUUAUAUAAGGAAGGCUAUACAUACAAAGGCUUCAUGUAUACUUAUUCACUCCUAGAUGACUCACACAGGCCCUUAAGUAUGCCACAGAGGGCGUGAAGUGUGUUAAGUAAUGUGAGAUGAGAUUGUGUUAAGUGAGUGAGGUAAAGGUUGUAUUGGUGUUGCUGUUCGUUUAAUUGGUGUUCGGACAGGUGUGGUGAUGUGUGGUGAGGUGUGGUGAGGUGAGUGUGUGUGUGUGAUUUAAGUAGUAUUCUGGUGCUGACUCGAUGUAUUUCUGGGUGUUGUGAUGAUGGUGAUGAUGGUGAUGAUGGUGAUGAUGAGUUGUUUGUAGUGAUGCUUAUGUUACGAUGAUUGAUGAUGGUGGUGAUGAUUUCAAGCUAUGAGUGUUGUGAUGAUGAUGAUGAUGAUGAUGAUGAUGAUGAUGAUGAUGAUGGAAUAUGAUAUGGGCAGAGGAAAGUUGAUAUUGAUGAUGUAAGAUAAACCCAUGAUGAUGAUGAUGAUGAUGAUGAUGAUGAUGAUGACAGCCUAAUCAAAACUAACCAUCUGUGUCUGUCUGUCUGUCUCUUUCGUCUCUUAAGUCUGUUCACCGCGCGAAUCUCAAAAGUCUCACUCAGGGAAGCAGAAAAUGGAAAAUGGCAAAAAAAAAAAAAAAGUGAAAAAAAGUGAAUAAAAGAAAAGAUCAAGAGGGAAAGAAAAAUAAUAAACAAAUGAAUAAACAGCUGUAAUAAAUAAAAUAAUAUACGGCUAAAUUAAUCAACUUUCUCUUUUUCUUGUCUAUUUUAUUUUAUUAUUGAGGAAGACAGGCCAAGGAUGAAAAAAAAAAAAUAAAUAAAUAAAUAAAAACUUUAAAAUGCCGCUCCUAAAAAAAAAAGAACCAAAACAAUCACAGAAUUUUAUUUAUUUUAUUUAUUUAUUUAUUUUUAAGUCAAUGAAUACAGAAAGGCAAUAUUUUCAAAGCACAUUAACAUAUACUAUCCUUCACUACAACCUCAUUACAUGUACAACUGGAAAAAAAAACAAAAACUCAAAUUUACGAUUGAAAAACAAAAAUUCACUUAGACCACGCCACGAAAAAUAUUAAACUGAAAUGAUUUGUCUUGUAGUCUUUUUCCCUUUCUUUGUUCCUUCCUCCACCAUACUUGCCCUUGACACCCGCGGCGCACCUUGAACACGAGCACUUAAUUACCUCGACACACAGAAGUUACCUCGGCACCUCCAGGGAACUAUGGAGAGGCGGCAUUCUUUGCACUAAUAAUCCCCGCGUGGCUCACUGCGACGCGCGAUGUGGGAGCGAGAUGAGACGCUGAUCACAUUUCGUACAGAUGUGAAGUACCUUUUUUUUUUUUUUUUAUCAUCAAACUUGUAAUGAAGAAUAAUCUGUAACUGGUCAAUUGUGCGUGUGAUAAAAAAAAAAAAAAUUCAAGUGAAAAAUAAAAGUAGCCGUGAAAAUUUUUGAAACGUUAUGGUAAAAAAAUAAAAAAAAAAGGAAAAGAAAGGCGAAUAUUUGAAUUAGGCUUUAAAGAAACUGGAUAAGUGAGGAUAAUUUUUUUUUUUAUCAAAGUUUUCUUUAUCAGACUUUAACGAAAACAGAUAAAACAUUUCUGAUUAAACAUUCGUAAAAAAAAAAAGAAACAGAUAAGAACGAUUUUUUUUUUUGUGAAACUUUGCCCCCCCCCCAAAAAAAAAGGGAAAAAACUCACUUCUCUGUUGCUUUCCUCACCCCAUAAAAAAAAAAAGAAAGGAAAAAAAAAAGGGAAAAAUCUGAAGUGUUUAAAAUAUCUGCCAAAUUAGUUGCGAAAUGUAUAGAACUGCACGUGUAUAAUGCAUGAUUCAUGUAUACGAGAAAGUUUAUUAUUACCCUUAUCAAUAAUAAAUAAAUAAAUAAAUAAAUAAAUAAAUAAAUAAAUAAAUAAAUAAAUAAAAGCAGAAAAGAUGAUCAUUUAAAGAAGCAUAAAAUAAGAAAAUAAAAAAAAGUCGACGUUUGCCAUUUUCCACAGUCUGAGUUUCCUGAGAAGAGUGGGCAAGACAGAGCCAAGCAGAGCCGUACAGAGCCAAGCAGAGCCACACUAACCAUCAACCUACGUGUAGCAUCUAUUAUGGAGCUUUUUUUUUUUUCUUUGCCAGAUUUGCAUGACCCGGGUAUCCUAUCCACGCCGCUGUGCUCAAGCCAAUGCCACGCCCGCCCCUCGCGCCACAAGACAAUGCUGUACUCACUGCUAAACACACGAGUCAAAAAAGUCACAAGAAAAUCAAGAAAAGAAUAUAUAUAAACUGAAGCUUCAGUUGAAAAAAAAAAAUCCAAAAUGAAGUUUCGAAAAAAAUCCGAAUUGAAGGUUAAAUAAAAAAAAUGAAGGAAAAAAAGGUUUAAUUUCGGGGGAGAAUAAUAAUUAUUUGUGUUUUAGUGAUUUUUUUUUUUUUAUUCGCAUGAACAUUUGUAUUAUUUUUUUUAACACUCUUGUUGGUAAAUACUUACUUGCACAGUCUUGUAAUGAAGAGUAAUCUGUAAUUGGUCAAUUGUGUGUGUGGUAAAAAUAUAUAUAAAAAAAAAAAAUUCAAGUGAAAACAAAAGUAGCCGUGAAAACUUUAGAAACAUUAUGGUAAAAAAAACAAAAAAAUACGCAAAUUUUAAGAAACAUCAAUUAAUUCGUUAUGAGUUUUACCACUGAAGCUGAUUGAUUGAUUAAGCUUAAGCGUUACUGCAGGAAGCAAAAUCAUGUGCACCGCUGAAGUAGAUCAGUAAGUAGGAAUAGUGAAAUAAAUAAAUAAAUAAAAAAAAAGAAUCGAAAUAAAAAGCAAAAAAAAAAAAAAAAAAGGCUGUUACAGUGGAAAGGAAUGUAAACUUCACAAAAAACUUUCACCACUUUGAAGAAAAAUAGCAAAAGAGCAUCGGAAAAUUUCGUUAUUUGCUAAAAAAAAAAAGUAGAGCAGAACAGCACCUAAAAAAAAAAAUAAAUAAAUAAAUAAAUGAAUAAAUUAAAAAAACAUCAAUAUAUUGUCACUGUCAGAACAAAAUAGUGAAAAAAAAAAACAUCAAAAAUUCAUUAGAUAAAAUAAAUAAAUAAAUGAAAAUACAAGAAACACCCGAGACAAAAAUAUCGAAAACUCCAUCACAGAAAAAAAAAAAAAAAGCGAAAAGAAAAAUAAUCAGGGCCCCCCCGAAACACCCCCAAUAAAAUAAAUAAAUAAACAAAUAAAUAAAAUAAAAUAAACAAAUAAACAGAUAAAUAAAUAGAUAAAAAGAAUAAUAACUACAAUCUGACCCUGUGUACACGCGGCGACCUUGAACCCUACACGUAAAAAUGAAACGAAAUUGUGCCUUCAUCUGUGACGCUGACUGUACGUGUCCCUGAAACCCUAAUGCGCCCCCUCCCCCGCCAGUCGCUCCCUAAAACUAUACCCACUCCCCGAAAACACUCCCUGCUCUCACAAAACGUUUCUCUGCUACCCAAAACGUUUUCCACUCCCAAAACACACGAGGUCCCCAAAAAACACCCUACGGAACCCAAAAACGUUCGCCUUCAGAUCAAAAAAACGUUUCCCACAAUCCUCAAAACGUUUUUCGAGUUCCAAAACGUUUUCCAGCGUCCCGAAAUACCCCCUACCCCCAAAAACGUCCCACCAUGCCAUCCUAAAACGUUUCUCUAGCCACAAACGUUCAACUCACAUGCCCCAAAACGUUCUCUUCAUCACAAAACGUUUCCUAGGCCUAUCAAACCCCCCAGGUGAGUCCCAAGUACCCCCCCAGGUCCCCUCAAAAGCCGCUUCCUCGCAAACCCCGCCGCUACACCUGACGCAGAGAAUAUAAAGGGAAACGAAGGAAUAAUAACAAUAAUAAACUGCCCGCUAGUAAAUCCAAAACGAGAUAAUCAAAAUAAAAAGCAAAAAAAAUAAUGUGAAAUAAGUGAUAAUUCUUUACUUACAAAACAUACAAAUAAAACCUGGUUGAUUUUUUUGUUUUUGUUUUGUUGUUUUUCUUGCUUACUAUCCCUCCAGUAAAUAAAUGAAUAAAAAAAAUAAAUAAACAAACCUUGAAGUUACCUCACUCAGCCCCCCCCCACUCCCCCCAAAAAAAUAAUAAACAAAUAAAUAAAAAAUAUAAAUAAACAUCCUAUUUUGAAAAAAAAAAGCAUACAACCAUAUCGCGUUUUCUUUUUGACGGUCUAAUUUUUAAGGGAUGACUAAAGCAGAGUUUUAUCUGUGUAUAUCAUUACUUACUAGGGAUUAGCUUAUUGACGUGCUUGUUGUUAAUGUAUUUUUUAUAUAUAUAUUUAUUUCUCUCUCUCUCUCUCUCUCUCUCUCUCUCUCUCUCUCUCUCUCUCUCUCUCUCUCUCUCUCUCUCUCUAAAUUUUCUUAUCUACUUAGCUUAUUUUUUUUCGUUCCUUUCCUUCAUGUCUCUCUCUCUCUCUCUCUCUCUUGAAGUAUUACUGUUGUUGCUUUAUAGAAAACGAGAUGAAGGUAUAAUAUUAGUAUUUAUAUUAUGGAUUCCUAGGUUACCGACUGCUGGGUAUUUAAAUUUUAUGACGUUUGUAUAAAUCUGGUCUUAUUCUGUCUAAUUAGUCUCUCUCUCUCUCUCUCUCUCUCUCUCUCUCUCUCUCUCUCUCUCUCUCUCUCUCUCUCUCUCUCUCUCUCUCUCUCUCUCUAAAAAGGUAUUUGUACAGCGAGGUAUUUCUUAAUAAAUAUAUUCCGAUUCA